AACGAGCUCUGAUACCAUAUCAGAAACUGAGAACUUGAUUGAUUGAAAUGAGCAAGAGCAUACAUCCUUAAGUACCGAGCAUCGGAGAGGAUGGGAAGGGAUAAGGGAGAAUCGGAGGGAAUCCCAAGGGAAUCCUCCCAAAUCGUGGGGAUUUGGGAUGGAUUGGCACUGAAAAUCAUUGCAGCCACAACUGCCACCAGCACCACCACCGCAGAUACAACCUCCACCAGUACCACCUCAGAUAACACCUUCACCAGCACCACCUCCCCAUCAUCCUUGGCAACAAGCAGCACCAGCCAUGAUCUCCCAGCGGCCAAUGGGAGCACACCAGGGGUCAGCGUGUCGGUGUUUGAUGAGCUGGACAGCGGUGUUGGCGGCCGAAUCGCCUCCCGAUUCGCCCUCGCCCUGCGCCACCUGUGCAGACAGGGUAACCAGGUGAUCUGCAUCACGCAUCUCCCCCAGGUGGCGGUGCACGCCGACUCGCACAUCAGCGUGAGCAAGCACGUGGACGAGGCCGAUGGGCGCAUGCGCACCACUGCUGUCCGACUCACAACCCUGGAGGAACGGGCCUUGGAGGUGGCUCAGAUGCUGGGCCUGGGGCUGCCAUCAGCGCUGGAGCUUUUCAGCGCAAAGAGAGGCUCGGAGGAACUAACGAGCGCGGAACGGGAGUUGAAGGUUGAGGAGCUGGACGCGUGAUCAGUGCAGAGAAGGAAGACGGGCUCAUUGUGUAUUUUUGAGGCGCCUCAAAAAAGAGAUUUUCAUCGCAGAGAGAGGCUCUGAGGAACUAAUUCGCGCAGAACGGGAGUUGACGGUUGUGGAGCGAGACGCGUGAUCGGUGCAGAGAAGAAAUAGGGAUGUGCUCAGUGUUUUCUCGUGAAUAUGAAUGGUGGGCGUAUAUUUCAACGUGCGCGCUUCCAAAGCGUGUGGUCUGCUCAUUAUCAGAUUCUACCUGAGGCCAAAGCAUCACUAUCCAGUGAAGGGUUCUUUAGAGAUUUAGUGAAAAACAAGAGGCGACGAGAUCGUCUUAGGGUUGCGGAGCAUUUCAUGAUGAGA